GUCGCCGCCCCUGCGGCCGCUGCCGCCGCUGCUGCUGGGACUCCUGCUGCUGGCGGCCUUCCCUGAGCACUGCCUGGCCGACCCGGGAACAGACAGUCUGCAGAUCACUGUCACCCCAACCCCGGAGUCAUUGCCUCAUGGGAAAUUGUUACCAGUUUCACCAACAUGGCCUUUCUCAGAAGUCCAGUCUUCCUCAGCAGUGGGCAGUAUCAAGACUGUGCCAGGACCGUCCCCUGACAACACAAGCUUGCCACAGUCUGUCCGGACACCUCCGCCCAAGACACACCGCAGGGCUCGGGCUCAUGGGGACUUCUCUUCUCUCCCUUACCAAGGAAGUGGCCAGAGCGCCUCCCUCGAACCUUCCAAGGAUUCCACUGAGUCCCUGGUCCAACCAAGACCUCAAGGGGGAAAGGAAGCAGCUGCCAUGUCAGGUUUGCCUCACACCAGCAUGCACCCCCCAUUGUCCACCGUCCCAUCAGUGACGUCCCUGAGUGCCGCCCAUCCAUCGUGGCCGCCGUGGGUAGGGACUCCUUCCAUUUCAAACCAACAUUCCCUGAGGGCACACGUUCUCCCCCCAUCUUCAUCUUCUUCACUGGCUCCUGACUCACCUCAUUCCAUCAUCUUUUCUAAGCCAGCAGGGCGACCCACCAAAGUGCCUUUAUUCCCCCGAACAGCUCCAACUGACUCCUCCUCCAGGCAGCACGUAGCUAACCCCCUAAACCCAUUUGCUGAGGAAAUGAACCACACUCCAUCCAAAAAUGUCCAGGAUUUAAUAGGCAUCCCUCAUCUAGGUUUUUCUGGCUCCUCAGCCCCAGCAGUGGGACCUCACUCGGCCGGCUCCCCGACACUUGAGUUUCUGAGCUGGGUGGCAGCCCUGGCCCAUCGGUUCCCUCCUCCCCGGGCACUUGGAAGUCUUCUUCAGCUUUCAGGUAGAACGCCCUCACCGUCGAUGUUGGAAGUGACUUCAAGUCCUGCAUCCACCCAGGCUGAGGGGGCUGAAAGAGCACGUAAUAAGGUGUCUUUGCCGGCUCUUAGGAGCGCAGCAGCAGUGACCCGUGAGGCUGCGUCUUCACCAGUCCAGACCAUAGAAUCAGUGGCAGUGGAGGUGACCAACCGAAAGGCAGCCCCUGCUACUGCAAAUGACUCUGCUCACCCCCGUCAUCUGUCAGCAGCUCCAGAGAAUUCCAAAGGGCCCGCCCUUUCAGCAGAACGCACAUCUUCCCCUCUGGUGCCUUCUCCUCUGGCUCUCACCACAGCCGGCCGAGGGCAAGACAUGCUUUCUGGGGCGGUUCUCACAUCACCAUCCAAUGGCACAGCAGGAGAUUUCCCCUCUACACCUCCUUUCCUUGGUCUGGCGUGGAAUCAUGCCUCUCCAUUCACUGAGCCCCAGAAGCCAACUCCUCAAGAUGCCAGCGAUGAUGGAUCCCCUCCUACUGCAGCUACAGACUUCCCCCUCUCAAGCAAAUUUCCUAAUCUUCCUUCCACGACUUGGACAUUUCCCCUGCAGAGAGAAGAUAGUGGGACAGCUGUUUUAAAGAAAAAUGAAAAGGCAAAUUUGACAGUUGCUCUCCAGACCCAUCCAAGUAAAGAGAUUCCAAGUCUUCACACUGUAAAUGGAUUCACCUCUGAUUUUAGCACUGAUCAUGUUUCCACAACACCAAGAACAAACCCUCUUCCUUCAGAAUUACCUUCACCAUCCAUCCCCUUCGCACGAGCCACCCAGACAGUUUCCCUACCUCUUAGCUUUUCCAACACCAAGCCAGAGACUUCCACAGCUGUGACAGACCAGUCUGAGUUGCCAGUUUCAGCUUCCAAACAGGUGACGGCAUUUCCCUCCUCCAGUGAGGUCUUUGAUUUCUCAACAAUGGGAGACAUGAAGAAGCCAGCACUCACAGAUGUUUUCUGGAGUUCUCUUUCAACAGAAACUGGAUCCCUUACCACAAAACCAACAAUAUCUGGCUUGCUGCAGCAAACAAAUUAUGAUAUAAAUGGGCACACAGUUAACUCCACAAGUUGGGAAACUCAUUCAGCGUCAACCACUCCUCCCGGUGGUUUAAAUUCAGCUGCCAAUACAAUAACAUCUGGGGAUUUCAAAGAUAAUGAUGAGCAUUUAGUGACUGCAGAAGGUUUUAGCAUUCAGUAUCCAGUCUCUGGUAUCAACCCCAGUGAGCCCAUUCAACAGUCAGACAUUACCAUGGUUGGAAACCACACAGAUGUCUUGUCUGUGAGCACUAACGACCAUACCAGAGACUUGCAAACAGCUGAAGUUGAAGAUUUCCCAUCCAUAAGUCAACAUUCUGUGUCUCGUCCCCAUCCACAGCUGCCUGCCCAUCCAACCCAUCCUCUUUUGCUAACUUCUCCAAGUCUAACUUCUACAGCUAGCUUGCAGGAAAUGCUUUCAGAUGGAAUGAGUACAAGUUUCCAAAUCUCUGCCGACAUCGAUCCAUCUCCAGUGAUAAAUGCUUCCACACCUUUCCAGAGUAUCCCGAGAUAUCACUCUACUGCUGAUUCUACUCUGUCAACCAGUACCUUACUCAGGACCCCAUCCAAAGCACUGCUGGCUUCUCGGCACCCCGAGAAAUGGACAGGUGCAGCCACUGAUGCAGCGGACUUCUCGGUGUUGCCCAAGGCAGAACCGACAGCAGCAACCCCACUGUUUCUUCGGAAAUCAAGUCCACCGGUGCUGUCUGCAGCCCUGGUUGCCAAGGGCGCUGGCAGCAGCCCUUCGGCUGUGGCUGCGGGGUUAGUCAAGAGCAGCUGGACCACUGCUCUAGCUAAAAAUGUCACCAACAACGCAGCACCCAGCCCAAAGGUGACACCAGGGGCAGCCCACCCAGCCUUCUCCUUCACGCCAACCUACAUGUUUGCAAGAACAGCCCACACCGUGAGCACUCACCCCACCAUGCAGGGGAACACGGGCGCCGCCUCUGGCCUGCUGUCCGCAACACACCUCCCCAGGAAACCACAAGCCAUGCACCCGGGCUUCCCAAACCCCACCAACCCAGACGUGCCCAGGGCGUCCACCGCGCGCCCGCUGACAAUCACGGCGGCCUUGACGUCUGUCACCGCGCCAGUAAGGGCCACCCGGAUGCCACCUUUGUCAGCAGAAAACACAGAUGCUGCUCUUCCCGCUGCGUCCACUGCUAUGGUCACAACUGGCAGAAUGGCAUCCAACCUCGAGUGUCAGAUGUCCAGCAAGCUCCUGGUGAAGACAGUUCUCUUUCUGACCCAAAGGAGGGUGCAGAUCAGUGAAACCCUGAAGUUCAACAUAGCUAAAGGGCUCACACAGGCAUUGCGGAAGGCGUUCCACCAGAAUGAUGUCUCGGCUCAUGUGGACAUUCUGGAACAUUCUCACAACAUUACAGUUGGUUAUUACGCCACGAAAGGGAGGCUGGUGUACUUGCCUGCGGCAGUGAUCGAAAUGCUGGGUGUUUAUGGGGUCAGCAACGUCACUGCAGAUCUGAAGCAACACGCCCCAAACUUGCAAUCGGUGGCAGUACUUGCUUCCCCGUGGACUCCCCAGCCUGCAGGCUACUUCCAGCUGAAAACAGUGCUGCAGUUCGUGAGCCAAUCUGACAACAUACAGUCCUGCAAGUUUGCUCAGACGAUGGAACAGAGGCUGCAGAGGGCCUUCCAGGAUGCGGAGAAGAAAGUUCUGAAUACUAAAAGCAACCUGACGAUUCAGAUCGUGAGCACGUCCAACGCCUCCCAGACAGUCACCCUGGUGUACGUGGUGGGCAAUCGAAGCUCCUUCCUCAACGGCACGGUCGCCAGCAGCCUCCUCCGCCAGCUCUCAGCCGAGCUGGUGGGGUUCUACCUCACCUACCCGCCGCUCACCAUCGCUGAACCACUGGAAUAUCCCAACCUUGAUAUAUCAGAAACAACCAGAGACUAUUGGGUAAUUACAGUGCUGCAGGGCGUGGACAAUUCCCUGGUGGGCCUGCACAACCAGAGCUUCGCCCGCGUCAUGGAGCAGCGCCUGGCCCAGCUGUUCAUGAUGUCCCAGCAACAAGGCCGGCGGUUUAAACGGGCCACCACCCUGGGAAGCUACACCGUGCAGAUGGUUAAGAUGCAGCGGGUGCCGGGACCCAAGGACCCCGCGGAGCUGACUUACUACACCCUGUACAACGGGAAGCCUUUGCUGGGGACCGCAGCUGCCAAGAUCCUGAGCACCAUUGACUCCCAAAGGAUGGCCUUGACCCUGCAUCAUGUUGUCCUUCUGCAAGCUGACCCCGUGGUGAAGAACCCGCCCAACAACCUGUGGAUCAUCGCCGCGGUGCUGGCGCCCAUCGCCGUGGUCACAGUCAUAAUCAUCAUCAUCACUGCCGUGCUCUGCCGGAAGAACAAGAACGACUUCAAGCCGGACACCAUGAUGAACCUGCCCCAGAGAGCCAAGCCUGUGCAAGGCUUUGACUAUGCCAAGCAGCACCUGGGCCAGCAAGGGGCCGACGAGGAGGUCAUCCCCGUGACUCAGGAAACGGUGGUCCUCCCGCUGCCCAUUAGAGAUGCUCCUGCCUCUCAGGAAAGGGAUGCCCCCCAGGACGGAAGCACCAUCAAGACGGCCAAGUCCAUCGAAACCAGAAAGAGGUCGCCCAGUGAGAAUGGCUCUGUCAUCAGCAACGAAUCAGGGAAGCCCAGCUCGGGGAGGCGCUCGCCCCAGAAUGUAAUAGCACAGCAGAAAGUGACAAAGGAAGAGGCACGGAAGAGAAAUGUGCCCGCAAGUGACGAAGAGGAAGGAGCAGUCCUCUUUGACAACUCUGGCAAGGCGGCCGCCGAUCCCUUUGACACGUCUUCUGGGUCUGUGCAGCUCAUCGGAAUAAAGCCCACAGCCCUCCCCGUGGUGCACCCCACCUCGGACAGGAGCCAGGAGUCGGCGGUCCUCAACGGCGAGGUGAACAAAGCCCUGAAGCAGAAAUCGGACAUUGAGCACUAUCGGAACAAGCUGCGCCUCAAGGCCAAGAGGAAGGGGUACUACGACUUCCCCGCGGUGGAGGCGAGCAAGGCUCAGACGGAAAGGAAAAAGAUGUACGAGAAAGCCCCAAAGGAAAUCGAGCACGUUUUGGAUCCAGACCCAGAACUCUGUGCCCCGUUCACUGAAGCUAAAAGCAGGCAACAGAUGAAGAACUCCGUCUACCGAAGCCGGCAAUCUCUGAACAGCCCGAGUCCAGGGGAAACGGAGAUGGACCUUCUGGUGACUCGGGAGCGACCCCGGCGUGGAAUCCGAAACAGCGGAUAUGAUACUGAGCCUGAACUCAUAGAGGAGACCAACAUUGACAGAGUGAAUGAGCCCCGGGGCUACGGCAGGUCGAGGCAGGUGAAAGGCCACUCGGAGACCUCCACGCUGAGCUCCCAGCCCUCCAUCGACGAGGUCAGGCAACAGAUGCACAUGUUGCUGGAGGAGGCCUUCAGCCUGGCGUCCGCCGGCCACGCGGGCCAGAGCCGGCACCAGGAGGCCUACGGCUCUGCACAGCACCUGCCCUACUCGGAGGUGGUGACCAGCGCCCCCGGGACCAUGACGCGGCCCAGGGCCGGGGUGCAGUGGGUGCCCACCUACCGCCCAGAAAUGUACCAGUACAGUCUGCCCCGGCCGGCCUACAGAUUUUCCCAGCUUCCUGAAAUGGUCAUGGGCUCUCCCCCUCCACCUGUACCUCCGCGGACUGGCCCGGUGGCUGUCGCUUCUCUCAGGCGGUCCACCUCGGACAUCGGCAGCAAGACCAGGAUGGCCGAGUCCGCGGGGCCCGAGCCCGCCCAGCUGCACGACAGCGCCUCCUUCGCGCAGGUGUCCAGAGGCCCCGUGUCCGUGGCGCAGUUGGAUCAGUCGGCUUUAAAUUACUCAGGCAAUACGGUGCCGGCAGUGUUCGCCAUCCCAGCUGCCAGCAGACCCGGCUUUACCGGCUACUUCAUCCCGACGCCGCCCUCGUCCUACAGGAACCAGGCCUGGAUGUCCUACGCGGGAGAGAAUGAGCUCCCGGGCCAGUGGGCCGAUUCGGUCCCCCUCCCGGGCUAUAUCGAGGCUUACCCCCGGUCCCGAUGUCAGCAGAACUCACCCUCCAGGCUCCCUCGCCAGUACAGCCAGCCAGCCGGCCUGCACCCCAGCUUGGAGCAGGCCCCGGUGCCCUCCACGGCAGCCUCGCAGCAGAGCCUGGCGGAGAACGACCCGUCUGACACACCCCUGACCAACAUCUCCACGGCUGCCCUCGUGAAGGCCAUCCGGGAAGAGGUGGCCAAGCUGGCCAAGAAACAGACAGACAUGUUUGAGUUCCAGGUCUAAUGCCUUAGCCCCGUGGGACUUCCAGACUCAGAGGAAAUAGUCUUUGGGUUUCUCCAGCCUGGCGUGAUAGGACUGGAGACAGACGAUGCGUGAGUCUUUCUCAGCCUUGGUUUCUAAAAAAGUGAACAGUGGGGCUUCUGGGAAAGAGGAGACUCUUGAACAACUGGAUUCUCGGCUGAUUCAACUGAUUGUCAAGAAGUCCCACAUGGGACCAUAUGUUUGAUACUCUGUUAUAUUAGAUGUUCAAAGUGUGGGUGUAUUUCCCUCUGGAGCCUUAGUCACGAGAGACACUCACUCAUCUGCAGAUUCCUGUCCAAUGCCACAUUUUAAUAAAUCACCAGAAGGGGGAGAACAUAGCUCUAUCUUCGGUGACCUCUGCAUGUUAACUCUGUUUCUGUGUUCAAGGCAAUGCAGGCGUGUGAUUAAGCACCAGACUGUACUCUCAUUCAGCCAUGACUGUCAUCCUUCGAAUCACCUCUGGUCUCUAAGGGAGACACUGACUCCAGCCAAGAAACUUGAGUCCUUUUCUUUUAAAGGUUCAUAUUCAAAGUCAAAUAAAUUGGAUGAAAAUCAGUACUGUCAAUGACUUCACCUAUAAAUAGUCCUGACUCUUUUUUCCCCUCUAUUAAUUCAACAAAGGCCAAGAAAGAGAGAAGAUGAGAGGGAGUGGUGGAUUUGUGUUGACAGGUUUUUGAAAAGGUGUUGUCAAUUUGGAAACAGAGUAUUCUGCAAGUUGGGCUCCAACUGAAAGAGAAUCGGUGCUAAGAGCUUUUAGGAUCCUACAAAAGAAUAAACAGUUUUUCUUUGCCCUGCAAUGAAGAAGGCCUGAGAACGAAGCUUCUCUCUUUUUUGGGAUAAUAGACACAUUGACUUUUACAAGAAAACCUCUGUCUCUUCAACAAUAACAUCCAGCAUGUGCUGCCCAGUGGUACGAAAGGAAAUAGUCAUUGAUGCCUAUUAGAAGCGGACCAGUGGAUCCAGUCUCCCCAGGCUGCAGCCUCUGUUUAUAGAAGCUUCUGAAUGUAGAAAAAUCUAUUGAUUUACGUUUUAAUGUAAAUAACAUUUUUAAAGGCGUAUGGAGCUAGCCAGUCCCCUCCCACCCUCCUCCCCAUAGUUGAUAGACACAGGAGGACAUGUGCCGAAAUGACAGGCUUCUGACCUUGGGACCGUGAUGUUGUAAAUCACCCUCCCUGGCGUGGCGAGCCGGCCCCCAGAGCUCUGGGUGGACACUGCCUUGCAGCCCCGAGACACCACACGCAGAAGCAAACAGCUACUGACUUCAGGGAGCCCAGGGGAGGGGACACCGUGUUUCUUCCCUCACCCACUUUGGGAGCUGUGCUCAGUGUCGGGUGCUUUCUUGGUGUCUGUUGGAGAGUGAGGUCAUGUCCUGCCUUCCCCCGUGACCCAUCCAGCUUCAGCUUGCAUCCAUUCCCUCUGAGCCCAUCUUUCCAUUCUCUUCAUGAGUUUCUUUGGUCUUUAUUGAGAGAAGAAGGUGGAAAUUUGAAAAUUGAGAGAAGAGUAGGAAUGGAACUGAUUAGAGUGGGAGAGUCAAACUGUCAAAGCACAGACUUUUCAAAGAAGCUGUUUUUUAUUUCCCAAUGGCAAAUUGCCCUUUCUGGAAUGUUCUGGAGAUGAUGUGUCAUGAAAUCCCCAAACAGAUCUCUUGUUCAGAUGAUAUUAGGUAGUGUCCUUUUGGUAUGCUGGUUGAUCUUUCAUAGUGUUAGUUUUUUGUUACUUAAAAGAAAAUCAGCUAUAAAUAAAAUGUAUUUUUGUAAUCUCCAUGUGUAUAUAUGGUAUAUUUCUACCAAUGGCCAGUUGUUGUAGUCCAAAACCUAAAUCAGUUUGCAAAACACUGUGGACAGUGUAAGAUUUUAUUGACAGAUUAACACAAUGCCUAAGUCUAUCCAAAUAGGAAUUCAGUGCACUUGAAUGAACAAAGAGCCAAAGAAACUCAGCCUUUUCAUGCAAAUGGUAUGAGUCUGAUAAAGUCAGCUACAUUGUCCCGCCUUAUCAAUGAUAUUAAUAUUUCAUCAGUGCAAUGAUAUCAACCUAGUACUUUGUCUACUUGGUAAAUGCCUGAAAAUACUGUAUGUGAAAAUGAAGUUUCAAGAUCUUAGUGUAACUAAAAUAUAUGCACAUGCUUCAAAGACAGUGUCUGCACUCUGGAGGCCCCAGUGACACACAGAGAAGGAGCCUCCAGUGGGUGGUGGUAUGGCUCCCGCUUGCUAAGAGGAUGGAGAAUACUCGUUGUGAUCUUUGCAGAAUCCCACAAAAUACUGAGUUAGUCAACGGAGAUGAUGAAAAAUACAGCGUGCUAAAGCAGACGCUCUCUUAAACUAGACACUGCAGGUUUAAAAACAGUACAUGGGAGGAAGGCCUUAAGUUGAGAUGUCAGUCUGUCCGUGAAUGUGAAGAUGGCCACCAUUGUUAGAUUUUUCUAUGUCUAAAAUGUGAUCCCUUUUCUGAAGAGUCUCCUGACCUCAUGAAGGUGACAGAUACCUGGAAGCUGACUCUGAAGAAAGGCAGACGGUCAGAAGUGCCCCAUGGGAGUGAAAAUAGAGUUCCAUGAGAGCCCAGAGAAUCUGUGUUCCUUAUGACCCUGCAGACAGUUGAAGAAGGCCCAGAGGACCUCGGUGACCUCGGAGAGGGAAGCACAAGUCCAGAGAAGUGGAGUGACCUGCCGGGGCCUCCAGACCAGGCCCGCCGACUCACCAUCCGGCUUGCUUUCCAUUUCACCACAUGGCCUGCACGCUCGUCUGUGGCAUGUUUCCCGAACUGUGCCAGGAAGUUGCAAAAGUAGGCAAGGGUCACAGGAGGGACUCCGUACAUCCUUGUGAAGAUAAAAGACGGUUGAAUAUGUAAAGAACUUCAGCUAAAGUGUAUAGAGGACAGUGCAUUUGUGGCGUAAUAAACAUUUUUCAGAACUAGUUUCAAUGUGAGUUUUCUGCAUUCAUGAAAAGAAAUGCAUUUUGGCUUUUUUUCCAGAGAGUGCCAUCAAGGAAAUGUUCUCCACUGCUCUUCAAGACUCGAGUGUGUUCCUCUCUCAGCAUCCUGGAGCCAGACAGGCAGGCAGGGAGGGCCACGGCUGCCUGUCACUGUCACUAUGAGGUGGCACAGUCCAUGCUCUGCACUAGGGGAGGCAGGCUGGUGGUACAGGAACAUAAAAGUCUAUCGUGUGCCCUGGCACCUGUGAUCUGAGAUGGCACGGUUACCUGUGGAGCGGGAAGUGGCUUCUUUCGGGGUGUGCUGUGGACAGAAUGUUUAUGUCCCUCCCCCAGUUUCUAUGUGGAAAUCCCAACCCCUAUGUGAGGGGAGGAGGAGAUGGGGCCUUGUGGGGUGCUUAGCCCAUGCGGGGAGCCGUCGUGAAUGGGCUUAAUGCCCUUGAAAAAGGGACUCCAGGAAGCUCUCUUGCCCUCUUUCCUGCCACGUGAGGAUAAAAUUAGAGUCGACAGUCUGCAAGCCAGAAGAGGGCUCUCACCAGAACCUGACCGUGCUGGCACCCUGAUCUCAGACUGCCGGCCUCCGGAACUGUGAGAAAUAAAUGUCUGUGGUUUAGAAGCCACCCAGCCCACGGUUCUUUUGACGAAGAAAAGGUAGAUUGUGUAGGAGUCCAUUCUCUGGUGCCAGAAGAGGUUAUAUUGUGCAUUUGUUAAUUUCAGAAUUUAGCAAAAGCACAUGUAAUUUCUGAGCAUUAUUGAUGGAAGAAUGGAUAGGGAAGAGUUAGAUUUGUGAUUAAAAAUAAAAAACUUCUGACAGAGAGUAGAGG